CGCCGCCAGCCCGCCGCUGUGCCUCAUCGCCGGCGACGGCGCAGAACAACCCAGCCGAUCAGCCGUCCUCACAUCGAAGUCUCCAUACACCAGUGGCAUCGCCCCCAUAUUUCGCCCGUUGCAUUGAACUACUGCAGAGUGGAGAUCCGUCUAUCCAUGACCCACCCAGCAGGCCCUGGAUCGAUCUGUCAUUCUCUUGGUAAUUAACCCACGCUUGCUCGGAGGAACGCUGCAGGGCACAAGAAAUGCAGAGGGAUGCCGGCUCCGGCGACCGGACGCCGGGCACCCCGAGCCCGACGCACGGUGGCCGGCUCAGGCACCGGAAGCGCUCCAACGAGGUCCCCAGCGACGUGAACACGACUAAUGGCGCCAACCUGCUCUUAAACGACCAGAACAAGUACAAGUCGAUGCUAGUUCGUACCUACUCCUCACUGUGGAUGAUGGCCGGGGUCGUGUUCUUGAUAUAUAUGGGCCAUCUCUACAUCUGGGCCAUGGUGGUGGUCGUCCAAAUCUUCAUGGCAAAGGAGCUCUUCAACCUUCUCCGCAAGGCCAAUGAGGACCGGCAGCUCCCAGGGUUCAGGAUGCUCAACUGGCAUUUUUUCUUUACUGCGAUGCUGUUUACCUACGGGCGCUUCCUUAGCCAUCAGCUUGUUAACACGAUGACUUCAGAUAAGUUGUUGUACAAGCUGGUGAGCAGGCUCAUCAAGUACCAGAUGUUUAUUUGCUACUUUCUUUACAUAGCAGGUUUUGUUUGGUUUAUUAUCACACUAAAGAAAAAGACAUACAAGUACCAGUUCAGUCAAUAUGCAUGGACUCACAUGAUCCUUCUCAUGGUAUUUGCCCAGUCAUCUUUCACUGUGGCAAACAUUUUUGAUGGAAUAUUCUGGUUCAUCCUCCCAGCUUCGUUAAUUGCUAUCAAUGAUGUUGCUGCAUAUUUCUUUGGGUUCUUCUUUGGGAAAACACCACUGAUCAAGCUCUCUCCAAAGAAAACAUGGGAAGGCUUUAUAGGUGCAUCAGUGACAACAUUGCUUUCUGCAUUUGUGGUUGCUAAUUUCAUGGGCCAUUUCCAGUGGUUAACAUGCCCAAGAAAGGAUCUAUCAACUGGAUGGCUUUAUUGUGACCCAGGUCCCAUGUUUACACCAGAAGGUUAUGAUCUACCGGGAUGGAUACCACAAUGGUUUCCAUGGCGAGAAAUUGCAAUUAUGCCCGUUCAAUGGCAUGCAUUAGCUCUUGGCUUGUUUGCUUCAAUAAUAGCACCAUUUGGUGGCUUUUUUGCAAGUGGAUUCAAGAGGGCAUUCAAAUUUAAGGAUUUUGGGGACAGCAUACCUGGUCAUGGUGGAUUUACAGAUAGGAUGGACUGCCAAAUGGUCAUGGCUGUUUUUGCGUACAUCUAUUACCAAUCAUUUGUAAUGGUACAGGACUUAUCUGUUGAGACAAUCCUGGAGCAGAUACUACGUAAUCUCACCUUUGAGGAGCAGCGUGAGCUAUAUGGACAGCUAGGCAAGUUACUUGUGAGAGCGAACUGAAGCUAACAGUGGCCGUGGAAGCACCUGAUCCAAAAGGAUAAUGCGCAAUGCUUUUUCAGGCCUUGCUUUUUUGUUAAUCUUCUUGUACAGCCCUAGCACCCCUAAGGAUGAGACGAAGAACCACAACGCUGACAGGGAUCGCAUCGCUGUAUGACGUUUUGGAGCAUACAGCUCCCGUCUUUUUCAGAGAUUUGUGUCACCUUUUUGAUUUGCUUCUGGUGCUACGCUUGUUGCCGCAUCAAAACCAGCUAACGCUGUUUUGUCGUGUCAGUGGUUUAUUUGACAAUGUGUAGGAGAUUUCCACCUGUGAGUCUCUUCGCUAGUACUAGUAGCCGGUGAUGCAUCCAUGUUUUUGUUACUGUAUCUACUACCUCCGUUCACAAAAU